CAUGCACCCCAUUCAACCAAGAACCUCUCCAGCUCUCUUCUCCAUUUCCUUGCGUUGCAUAAACUAAGAUAACAAAAGAGAUGUUGUUCAGGAAGUUCUUAUUAGCCACACUUUUGGUAGGAUUAAGCCUAGCUCAAAUCUCAUUAGCCCAGAAUUCUCCCCAGGAUUAUGUAGAUGCACAUAACGCAGUUCGUGCAGAAGUGGGUGUGGGUCCAGUUUCUUGGAACAAGACAGUGGCAGCCUAUGCUCAAAAAUAUGCAAAUUCGAGGAUUGAAAACUGUGAGUUGGAGCAUUCGUAUGGACCCUAUGGUGAGAACAUUGCAGAAGGCUAUGGUAACCUAAACGGAGUGGACGCAGUGACGAUGUGGGCGAGCGAGAAGCCUAACUAUGAUUACAAAUCAAAUUCCUGUGUUGGCGAUGAGUGCUUGCACUAUACUCAGAUUGUUUGGCGCAACUCAGUUCAUCUUGGGUGUGGAAGGGCCAAGUGCAAGAAUGGUUGGUGGUUUGUGACUUGCAAUUAUGAUCCUGUGGGUAACAUUGAGGGUCAAUAUCCUUAUUGAAUUUCUGCUGCUUUUAUAUGUUUGUAAUAAGAGAUGAAAUGACCAUAUUUAUCAUAAGCUAAGUUAAGAUUACUUGCUCAGUCUGUGGACCUGAGCUUGUUUUGUAUAA